AUGCUAUCACGUUGUAUUCAUGAAAAUCGUGAGCAAAAUGAAUCGGAUGAUAAUGAAAAUUAUGACAUUCAAGAUAGAAAUAUUCAAGAAAUUAAAGAUGAAAGAAGUAGAGGCCAUAAUAGUGAUGAAAACCAAAGUCAUAGUCAAACUGAAGUUCAGGAGCUUCCUUCUCCCCCAUUUUUUAGUACAUUUCAGCAUUUAAAACCAAUGCAUGAAUUUACUUUACACUUACCUACUAGAUAUGAAUCUUCAUUAUCAUCGCCUUAUUUAUUGUUUAGUACUUUUUUUUCAUCUGAACAAUUAAGUGUGAUAGUUCAGAAUACUAAUAAGUAUGCUUACUUAAAAGGUGCAGGAGCGGGACGUAAAUGGAAGGAUUUAACAAUAGGAGAAUUCAAAAUUUGGUUGGCAAUAUUAAUAUAUACUGGUAUUUUUAAGUUACCUAGUAUUAGAGAUUAUUGGAAUGCAGAUAGUAGAUUUCCAGAACAUAGGAUAACGACUUUUAUGACUUUACUUCGUUUUGAGCAAAUUGUACAAUUCCCUCUUUAUAUUGUAUGGGAUCUAAUUAGUGCGGGUAUGGAAGAAAAUAAUUCAACAAAAAAACCAAAUACCCGAAGUUCAACUGAAGAAUUAGCUAAAAAUAUUGAUACUCAUACCUCAAGAACACAAUAUGUAACAAGCAAAUUCGAGCUUCCCAUAUUAAGGUUAUCUCCGGAAGGACAUUUACCUGAAUGGAGAAAAGAUAGAAUUAGCUGUGUAUGGUGCAAGUAUUUAGCAAAAAAAAAUAAUAAAAAAGCGUCCCAAAAUCCAUCACAAUCUCAGGUUUAUUGCAAUAAAUGCAACGUACCUUUAUGUUGUAAUAAGGAUAGAGCCAAUUGCUUUAAAGACUAUCACACACGAAAAGAAGAUAGUAAUUAA